GGGAGGGCAGAGGGCGCAGGUGGAGCGGUGUCUGCUGGCUGGGGAGCUGCGGACGGUCGCUAUGGAGGCGCUUGUGGAUGCCCCCGUGGCCAUCGCCGUGGCCGUGGUAGCCGUAUCCGCCCUGCUGCUGCUGCUCCUCAGGGGGACAGGGCGGAGGGCGAGCGGCCUCGUCACCUUGCAGGACCCUCUCGAGAAGUAUCCGCUGCGGCUGGUGGACAAAGAGGAAAUCAGUCACGAUACUAAGAAAUUCCGAUUUGGGCUACCUUCACCAGAUCAUGUAUUAGGAUUACCUGUAGGCCAACAUGUUUACCUUUCCGCAAAAAUUGAUGGUAAUCUGGUGAUUCGAGCCUAUACCCCAGUUUCCAGUGAUGAAACAAAAGGUUAUGUUGAUUUAAUUAUAAAGGUCUACCACAAAAAUGUGAAUCCCAAGUUUCCAGAAGGUGGGAAGAUGUCCCAGUACCUAAAUGACAUGAAGAUUGGAGAUACUAUUGAUUUCAGAGGGCCAAAUGGGCUCCUUGUCUAUAAGGGGACAGGUACCUUUCUUAUCAAGCCUCAUAAGAAGUCUGAAGCAGAGAAAAAGUUUGCAAAGCAUCUUGGCAUGAUAGCUGGAGGAACAGGCAUAACUCCUAUGUUGCAACUGAUUCGUCGUAUCACAAGUGAUCCUAAGGACUCCACAAAAUGUUACCUUCUUUUUGCUAAUCAGACAGAAAAAGAUAUAUUACUGAGAGCUGAGCUAGAAGACAUUGCAAAGAGGCAUCCUGAUCAGUUCACGCUUUGGUACACACUGGACAGACCUCCACAAGAUUGGAAGUACAGUUCUGGCUUUGUCACCGCAGACAUGAUUAAAACCCACCUCCCUUGCCCCAGCAGUGAGACGCUCAUUCUCAUGUGUGGGCCACCACCUAUGAUUCAGUUUGCGUGUCAGCCCAACCUGGACAAACUCGGCUAUCCCAAGAGCAGUAUAUUUUCUUAUUAGCACUGAUGUCAUCUGAUACCUUUUCGUAACAUGGCACUAUGAAGACCACCAUCCAUUUUUCUGCGCCCACGUGCACACAGAGACACCCCGUACAAUCACAGAGCUGCUUUCUCUCCCUUACGUGAAUUUUACUUCAUUCUUGCCGCAGAUAGUGUAGCUCUUGCUAAGAACUGGAUUCAUUCUCAGCCAAAUGCUUUGACAGGGAACUAAAAAA